AAAUGAUAUUCAAAUUGUACUCGUUAUCUCUGUUGAGUUUGCUCCUAUAUAUAAACCCAAAUCCAUUAGAGAACGAAAAAAUCAGAUAAAAAAAUACACAUCAACUAAUUGAGGAGCUCUUUUAAACACUAUGGCCUCAUCUAAAAUCUUCCUAGUUGUUUCUCUCCUCAUGGCUCUGAUGUUCACCUCCAUGACCACUUCAAGCCGCGCUGCAAAACAACUUGCAAAGAAACAAACUUUAAAACCAAAAUUUUUUAGACCUCAUUUCCCUCGGUUUCCGACACCUGGCUUUCCGAGCAAUCCAACACCCGGUUUGCCAUCAAAUCCCAUGCCUUUUCCUCAAUUCCCUCACCCCGGUUUUCCGAGCAAUCCGACACCCGGUUUUCCUCAAUUCCCGGGACAAGGUUUCCCCAAACUUCCCUCUCCUUUCCCUCAAUUUCCAAACCCUGGUUUUCCGAGGAAUCCAACACCCGGUUUUCCUCAAUUUCCAGGCCAAGGUUUUCCCAAAUUCCCCUCUCCUUUCCCUCAAUUUCCAAAACCUGCAAUGCCUGGAUUACCAGUUCCAUCCCUCUCUGCUCCUCCCUCUCUUUCUGCAACCCCAACUUCCAGCCGUUGAGUUGUUUCCUCAGAACUUAAAACUCUUUGUUUCAAUGUAUUGAUAAGCUCAGUGGCUAUGGAUUGAUGAGUAUUGACUGUAAUACUAUUCAGUUUUCUAAUCUGUAACUAUCUAGUAUCUAUAAUAUCUGAAUGUAAUUCAUCAAUGUAUUAUUGCAAAGUACAUCAAAUAUAUCUUAUAUUGCACAAAUGAGGAAUCUAAACGAAAUCACUGAUGAAACAACUGACAAUAAAAACAAACUUAAGUCCCUGAAGGGUCUCCCAAGUUUUAGCCUCAAUAAGACAGAAGUCACAGAACUAGGAAAAGACUUCAACACACAAGUGGAACAAACACAUGAUAAUCCCUUUUCAAAGGGGUCUAAUGUUUCUAUAUAUUAUGAAAAAAA